CAGAUCAAUUGAUCGCUGAACGUGUUCUUGAGCGGUGGGAUCGCGGAUUUCACGAUCGUAACGUGUCUUAGGUAAAUCGAUUGAUCGAGCGGUUUUAAUUUGAAAGCGAAUUCGCGUUUGAAAGUGAAUUGUAAGCGGAUCGUGUUAAAUCAAAGUUUUUUUCUUGGAUUAUUUGUUGUUUGUGUCAAAUUUUACAUCCACUUUCAUUUUUACCAGAUUUGCAUGAGCAAAUACAAGAUGAUAUAGUGUAUCCAUAAGACAGUACAAAAUGAGGACAGUCAUAGUGUUUCUUAUCCUUAGCAGUAUUUUUAGUGCAUACGGUAUUAGUGUUCCAACAAACUGGAACGAUGCGGAACAAAGAAAUAGUGCGGACAUGGGUUAUAUUAACCAUAGAUUUUCCAGAAGAAAUGAUAGACUUGAACUACCAAAUACCAGACCUAUAAAUCAUCCUCUAGCACGCACUAUUCCAAUGGUGCCGCAAGCUAAUUCCCAAAUGAUCCUAAACUCAAACGGAUUACUUAUAGUACCACAAACUCAAAAAGAGUCACCCCUAAAACAAAAUUACUUAGACUAUCGCUACCAAAGGGAGGACCAAAGUUUUGCACCUAUAAAACCAAACAAGAAAUACCAGCAACUACCUGAUCAUGUUUUGGGAGUACAACCCUUGGGCGUAGUUGACAAAUAUCGACAGCUUAAAGAGGCUCAAAAGAUGCAGGAUAUGGUCAACAGACUUGUUCAUCAAUAUAAUCCUGGGCUAUUCAAUCAAUACCUUGAAACAUCUGGGCAAUAUAAUGCUCUGCCUCUAAAAAACAUAAAACCACUAGCCCUAACUGAGGAAAAACCUAAAAAUCAUCAACUAAUUGAAUCUAGUACUUCUAACGAAAAUCCUAGUUUAGAGUUCAAAAGAGAACUUGAUCAUUCCACUAAGAAGGAACCAGUAUUUUUCGUCACAGAAGGAUAUACGAAUGUACUACUCCAAGGGCCUCAUCAUAAAAAAACAUAUGUAGAGAAUGACGAAAGUAAUGACCUUCCGACUCAACAAAAACCACCACACAAACGUAAAGUGACAAAGAUUUAUAGAAUUCAUAACAAUUUGGGGGGAUCUCGUAACAAUUUAGUUGAAGCGGAUCAGCCUGGAAAAGCAAGAUAUUUUCAAAAGCCUGAACUUUAUGAGGAGGAAGACAGAAGAGUAGGACUAGAAAAGCAUUUGCAUACAAAUUAUAGGGAUGACACACUAUAUGAACCCAAAGAUGAUAAGGAUUAUGAAAGGGAUGAUAUUGAAGAUGAAAGAAUUUCAAGUGAUGAAAUUGAUGAUGAAGAAGGAGUUUCCAACAAGGAUGAGGUAGACGAUAAACAAGACCAGACAAACGUUACUUUAGUAACUACUAAUACCAAAGAAGAAGAAAUAGAAGAACGAACAGAAAAUAGCGAUGACAGAAAAGUUGAGCCUAAAAGCGAAUCAAGUGUAAAAAUUGGUAAAAGCGACGACGAAACAACCAAACCUCAAAAUUACAGUAAUAAUGCUCUUCAAGAAGACAAACGGGAUCUAAAACUCGAAAAUCAAAAAGAAGAAAAAUCAGAAUAUAAAGAAGAGGAUGUAGAGGAAACCGAAGGAAGUGACGACCUUACCGAUAAAGACAAAGAAGUGUCACAUAGUGAACAUGCUGACCCAAAACCUCCUCCAACCAAACCAAUCUAUCCUGGAGAAGGAUUUUGGGCAAAACCUGAAUUAAAACAUAGACCUCAUAUAUCCCAGCAUAGAUUCCUUAAACCUGUUGAAGAAGAACAAAAACCUGAUGGGUUUAAUGUUUUUGAAGAUCUAGAGAGAUUUUUUGAAAGACAAAAACAUAACUUUGGAAAUACAUUUAAGCUUGACGAAGAGACUACUACAGUAGCAAGUUCUCCAUUUGCUAAUUAUUUUGAAUCUAUACGCACUCCUAGUCCAGUACGUCCAAUCUUAGUUUACGAUCCCUUUACAGAAUCUAGUAAUAACGCUCAAACACAUUCGGAACCCAUUGAAGCCACUACUGAAAUUUCCAAGCUUACUGAAGCAACAAUCGCUGAAGAUGAUAAAGAUGAAGAUAAUUCAAAGGAAGAUGCAAAUAAUUCAGAAGAGGAAAAUGAGGAGUUAGAAGAAAAUGAUGAAGACAGUGAUGACGAUGAAGAUGAGUUUGUACCGCUAAGGCUCUAUACUCAAGUUAGGAAUCACGAGAAUAUUGAGCAUGAACCUUAUAAUCCUUUGGAGCAUGGCAGACUAAGAGAAGUUAUUAAAGAUUCAAAGGUGCAAACGGUGUAUACUGAAGAAGGAUACGAAGAUGCCGCUUAUGAUCAUGCCGGCCAUGAGAAAAACGCCGAAAAGGAUCAAGGAUAUUCGGAGUUUGAGAGAGAAAAGGAAGGAAAAGCAGAAGAUGUUAUAGCUGAUACUCCUGACAAUGACAAAGAACUUUCCAAACAAGUGUCCGUGUUAAAUGAUUCCGAACAUGUCCUUAUUGACUCGUUAGCUUCAGACAGUAUUGUUCCUAAAAUUAUUACAGAAAACGACGUAAAAGAUUCUGGUAAGAAAAAUUUACAAAAUAAUAAUUUCAUAUCAACCCAAGAGGUUAAAACUACUCAAGUGAAGGAUAAACCUAAUGGUAAUAUGGAGUUAGAAAUCGAAAGUGAGGUUAAGGUUAUUAUGCAGCCGAACAAUAGUAGCGAGUCACAUAAGUACGUAAAAAUUUAUCCUAAAAUCCUAAAAGAAAUUGAAUAUGAUCAAAAAACUGAUGACUCUAUAAAAGAAAAUACUAAUGAUGAAAGUGAUGUGGCAGUUCCAAGAACAACAGAGUCAAGUACAGUAUCCGGAAUUGAAUCAAUUACAAAGACAUAUCCUAAAGUGGUAGUUAAGGUGAUAGAUGAAAGUGGAGCUCUAAAAACUAUCAUUGGCGAAGAUAAGUUACAAAGAACUAAAAGAUCUGUGGAGUUAAGCCCUUUUGGUGGUUUUGAAGCAGAUCUUGAAGUUCUCAAAAAUAUAAAUCAUACUUUUGAGCCUUCUAAGCCUGAAAUCGACGUUGAAAAGUAUCCUUAUUAUCUUUUACCAGAUUUAAAUGAAAAUUCUCCACUGCGUUACGCUGAAAAUUUUGAUAACGUUCCAAAAAAGACGGAAGGCGAACUGACAUUUUAUAAAUUGGCAGAUCAGCAUGAAUGUCCUGAAAUACCACAAAAUAUUGAUCCAGUACCUGAGCAUGUUAAAAGUGCCCAUUUGAAAAAAGGUGAAAACGAAGAGUCUCUAGGGACCGAAGAUUCUGAAGAGGGAGAUGAUGAAGAGGAAGAGAGUGUCGUCGAUAAAAAACAACCAGCAACACCGAAGACACCUAGAAUAAAAUUGGGGGAUAAGAUUGAUUGCCUUAAAGCAAGAUAUUUUGGUGAUAAUCCUUUCGACAGUCCAUUUUUUAAAGAAGAAACUGUUGGUCAAGUAAAACCUAUUUUCAAAGAUUUAGAGCAUAUACAUAAAAACCCUACUGAAACUAUUGCUUCUUGGAGAAGAUCCGAUGAUAACAUAGUAAACACUAAUGAAGUAUUUGAUCAGAGUGAAAAAGAAAAUAUAAAAAUUGCAACUGAAAAUCGAGAAUUGGCUUCACCUAUUAACUUAACCAAAGCAUCAGAAGCUGCUGCUGAAAGUAUCAAUUCAGUAAGCAAAGUUUCAGCACCAAUAGGACUGGCCGUAAAUGACGUUAUUGAUGAAAUUAAGCCUACAGCAAGUCCUUUGGUUACCCUAAUAACCACUCCACGAUAUACAAUACAACUUACACCGGAAAAUAUUUAUGAUCAAAUAAAAUUGCUUGAUCAUUUGCCUGAAGAUGAUACCACUACAAAUAAAAAACCCACCGAUAAAAAUAAUUUAGAAGAUGAACAUUCUCAAAGAGAAGAAACUAGUCAACGAAAACCAAAAAUUCUAGUUGAAGAUAAAAUUGGUCCAGAAGCGGAAGCUCUAAGGCGAAGAAGGAUGAGACCAAGAAAACCUAAUUAUCAGAUAUUUGAUGUUAAUAAGUUUCUUACCACUACACCUUUUAAUUUAAUUAAUACUGCUUCAACAACGAUACUUCCAAAACAUAAGGUUAUAAGUGAGGUUUAUUACAAAGAUGAAAUCAAGCCUAGCGAACAGCUGAACGUAUUUGCAGAUGUUCUGAAUAACAUUAAGAAUUCAAGUAAAAUUGACAACGUCCCAAUGCAAUCUGUGUCAGAUUUCGCUGAACCUAGUGCAGUAACGAUUAAAACUUUAGAAGAUUCAACUAUUGUACCAAGAGAAUCUACACCAUCCAUCGUUAGGGUGAAGAAGUUCCAAAGUGAUAGUUCCUAUUUAUCUCAGAAUAAGAUUGAAGUUCCAAAAACUACUCUAAGACCUCCAGCCCCACCUAGACAAGUAACAAUAGUAGAUAAUCAUCAAAAACAUUACAAUAGUAGACAACCCAACCUGAGUUCCCAAGACUUUAGAGCUAAAAUUCUUCAGUCUACUAGUACGUCUAGGCCGCUUAGACCUAGCACCAUUUCUCCUAAGAGGAAGCUUCUUAAAAGGAGGCGUAAACCUUCCUUAACCACCACGACCACUUCAACAUUAAGAACCACCACAAACAUUCAUAUACCUAAGCAAAAUACUCCUAUCAAUCAUCAACCAUAUAUCAUAGACUUUAUCGAAGAUACUGAUAAAGUGGUAGGUCUAGUACCACCCCAAAAUUUUGAAUAUAGAACCAUUGUUGUUGAAAAUUCCUUAGAUAGAGAUGGACCAGACAGUUACGAAGAGCAAUCAGAAUCGCCAAAAGUGAUCCCAGUAACUGAGCAUACAGAUGAAGCACCACCCGAAAAACCUCUUAACAUAUAUUCUUACCCGGGGUUAAAACCCCCAAUGCCCCAAAAAGUGAGGCCCUAUUCUGAUUUCUUUGUAAAUGGUGCUUUGGUGAAUGAAAACCUACUGAGGAGGAGAAUAGCACAUGUUGGUCAUUUUAGGACCAAACGUGAUGCUGCUAGGCAAUCAUAUGCUGAUGUUUCCAGAAAUCGAGGUAAACAAACAGCUGGAUUAGAAGAAUCUGUUGGUUCAGAUGAUGAAGCAGAUGAUUACGUCCCUCAUAGGCCCAAAAACUACCACUAUGAUGAAAAAACUGGUAAGAUCAUUUACCAUAGUAAACCGAAACCAAAAGAAGAAGAGGAAGAUGAAGUGGAAUAUGAAGAAAUCGAAGUACCUGAUACUCCUGGUAUAUAUUUGGAAAAAGCAGAGGAUGCCACACACCCCACUCCAGAAAAAGUUACCACAAAACAAUUGCUUGCUACAGCAACUCCUCCUCCUGAAGGAAAAGACCUGCUGGACUUCGUGCUUAAGCUAAAAAAUAAUCCAACAUACGAAUUUAUUCCUGAUCCAACUACUUCAAAACCAGGUAGUAAACCUGCUACAACUGAAGGAUUUACAACUGUAGAUCCAAAAAGUACAGACCCUCCGGAAUUCUUAAACAUUUUAUCCAAAGUAAAAAGUGACAGCAACUACAAAUACAUUGAAGAUCCAAAGGAGACUAAGAAAAAAUCUAAAGUGACCACUCCAUCCCCUGAAGAGGAGUUUGAAGAUGACGAGGAAGAAGAAACAGUGCCUCAACAUAUCCAAAACUCACCUGGAGGGCAAGCUCAAGAUUUGGGAAACAUUGAAAUAUUCGACAUAGGAGACUAUUUACCAAAAAUCAAACCAGUUACAACAAAAACUACUAUAGACUAUUCCAAAUAUAAAACUAUUCAAAGAGACCGUCCGAAAACAACCCCUUCAACGUUAGAAGAAGAUGAGGAAGAUGAUUUGGAUUUAGGAAGAAGAGAGGAAGUGCUUAGUAAGCAGGAUCAUAGUAGAGGAAAUGUACAUAAACAAGAAGUUAAUAGAGAAGAAGAAACUAUUGAUAGACUUAUAUAUAGUGAAGAAAGUGAUGAACGUGAAAAACCGACAACUACAACUACAACUCAGAGAAUUGUUCAGCUAAGAAGAGGAACGAGACCAACCACAAGUAGAACCGCAAUAGAAGUUUUUGAGCCUCAAGUGGCCACCACAACUGCCAGAGCCAGAAGAAGACCAAUAACAACUAGGGGAACAAAAAGACCAAUACUGGCUACCGAAACAACUGAAAAGGUUGCAAAGGUUUAUCCAGCAAACUAUUCUACAGAUUUUACAGACCAGCCGCAAUCAGCCUCCUUUGAAAAAGCCAAAAGGGUGUACAGACGUAGACCAGUAAGAAUACGACACACUACCGAACGACAAGAAGAAAAUGAUGAAGAAGUCGAUAAAAUUGUCAGAAGAAGUAUCGAUAAUAAGUUUGAUUAUAUAAUGGAUGAAUUUGAAAAGGCAUCUUUAGAAAAUGAAAGUAAUUCAAAUAAAUACCAGGCAAUUAGAAAGGAAAUCCUAAAUGAUCAUUACCCUGAUGAUGAAUCCGAAGACGAUGACGCUAGUGAGAGUAAAUUACACGAGACCCUGCAAGAAACACCGUCAGAUGUUGAAAUUAUUAAUAAGGACUACGAUAAAAGAAGAAAACAUGGAGGUAACUAUAAAGAAGUCACUGAUGAAGAUAAUCCAGAUGAUAUUAACAUAGAAACAAGAGAAAAUUCUGAUAGUAAGGUAGAAGAAGCUGAAGAAGAUACUAAUAUUGAUGAAACUGAAGCACGCGUAGAGAAAAUUGAAAACCCUAUUAAAGAAAAAUUCAAGGAUGCUGAAGUGGAGAUUGUUGAUAAGAACUUUGACCAAACCGAACAACAUAGCAAAUAUAAGGCAGUAAAUGAUUCCUUUAAGAAUAAAGAUAAUUUAAAAAGCAAAAAAAUUGACGUUGAAGUAGUAAAUCAAAAUUAUAAUAAGGAAAAGAAACACGGUGGUAAUUACAGAUCUGAAACAAGAAACCCUAAAAGCAACAUAGAAAUAAUAAAUAAGAACUUUGACAAACAGAAAAAGCAUGGUGGGAACUACAAGUCUGAGGAAGACGCUUCGGAGGAACAGCUUAUUAAACUACAAAACGAAAAACAAAAUACUUAUCCUGCAAAUAGGCGUGUUGAUACUCUAGAAGAUCCAGAAACUACUGAAUCCUCUUCAAUCCCCCAACAACAAACGACGAAAAGGCGCAGAUUAAGGAUCAGAAAGAGACCCUCAACUACCACGGAGCACAGCAUUCGACUAUCAGAUGUAGUUCCCAAGCCCGAUCAUUUUUAUUCUGAUCCUCAGCUGCCCAAGGAUAUAAAUCAACUUAUAACAAGUCGUACACCAGUGCAUCUGCAAUCGGAAGAAGUAUCAGAGCUGGCUCAAAAGGGGGAUGAUUUUAAAGAAGAGACUGAAAGACCAAGGAGAAGAAGAAUUAAGCUUAGAAGAAGAAAGUUUGAUUUAGCAGAAGGGAAAGAAAUGAGUGGGAAAGAGGUAGAGAAAAUUGACGUGACCAAGAAGCCAGUGUUUGAAAGAGAUCCCAGUAAAAGAUUGUAUUAUUAUGUUAAAAGUUAGAUUUUAGGAAGCAAAUGUAAAUAUGUGAUUCUUUAGGUGUAAGAGUUGUUGUUACUAA